GCUUACCAGUUCUAGCAAGAUGAAGGCCAUGAUUGGAAUAAAUUUCCGUUUCCUGGGGAUUCUUCUUGUCGUCGUGACUUUCGCUGUAGCUGAAAAUGAGCUUCUCGAGCGGCAACCAAGGCUGUCAAAAUAUCAGGAUGCAUGGAAAGCGCUGACGGUACCAGGACGAUAUUACUUGUAUAUGAGGUCUUACGAGAACGAGCCGUUCUAUGGAGAAGACAGGAAGUGUGUCUAUAACGAACUAAUCUCCGUCAACGAGGAAGAAAAGUACACAGUGAGCACCUUCGGAUCUAUCAAUGCGAAGGACGGAACAGAGAGCACGCGAACAGCCUACGCGUGGGCGUACCCAUCUGAGGGCUAUACUGUACCGAAUGUGAUUCAAGCGUCAGACUCAAAAGAAAAGUUGUUUUCUCUGGAGUUCCCAGUGGCUUUCUCGGAGUACGAUAACUGUGACAUUCUGAGGGUACCUCACCGUGGCAACGCGUGCGAACUUUGGGCAAAGGAGGGCAAAAUACACCUGAUCAAGUCUCUCUGUUUUUACGUUUUCCACCUUCUGUGUGGACCAGAAAAGUAUUUCGUCUACGACAGAGACCUUUGCCGCUCAGAAUAA